AAGUAAACCAAACCAGAUUAAGAACAAAGGCCCAAAAACUAAAGAGAAGCAAUCCAACCAAGCAAAAAGUCUAGUCAAUCUAAAACCCUAGCCGGAAAUGGGCGAUUCUUCCACCGCCGGCAACGGCGACUAUCUGCCGCCGACAACUCCCAAACUUCCGAUACCGGGAAAACGGAACAUCCUCAUCACAAGCGCUUUGCCAUACGUCAACAACGUUCCUCACCUCGGAAACAUCAUCGGAAGUGUGUUGAGUGCGGACGUGUUCGCGAGAUACUGUAGGCUUCGGGAUUACAAUGCAGUAUACAUGUGUGGUACUGAUGAAUAUGGCACGGCUACUGAGACUAAAGCUUUGGAAGAAAAUUCUACUCCCAAGCAAAUUUGUGACAAAUACCAUGCAAUUCAUAGAGAAGUUUAUAAAUGGUUUGAUAUAAGCUUCGAUCAAUUUGGACGCACGUCUACUCCACAACAGACGGAAGUUUGUCAGGCGAUCUUUAACAAGCUUUGGGAGAAUAAUUGGCUCUCUGAGAACACUAUGCAGCAGCCGUACUGUGACACAUGCAAAAAGUUUUUGGCGGACCGGCUUGUAGAGGGUAACUGCCCAACACCAGGUUGCAACUAUGAUUCUGCACGUGGAGAUCAAUGUGAGAAGUGUGGGAAACUCUUAAAUCCCACUGAACUGAAGGAUCCAAGAUGCAAGGUCUGUCGUAACACCCCUUGCAUCCGAGAUACAGACCAUUUGUUCCUUGAGCUCCCUUUGCUAAAGGAUAAAUUAGAAACUUACGUCAACAACAUGUCAGUGGCUGGAGGAUGGAGUCAGAAUGCUGUCCACACAACAAAUGCCUGGCUUAGAGAAGGACUAAAGCAAAGGUGUAUAACUAGAGAUUUGAAAUGGGGGGUUCCAGUUCCACAUGAAAAAUACAAGGAGAAGGUUUUCUACGUGUGGUUCGACGCUCCUAUUGGAUAUGUAUCAAUAACAUCAUGCUAUACAACAGAGUGGGAGAAGUGGUGGAAGAAUCCAGAGAAUGUGGAGCUCUAUCAGUUUAUGGGCAAAGAUAAUGUGCCUUUUCACACUGUGAUUUUCCCAUCUACGCUACUUGGAACUGGUGAAAACUGGACUCUUAUGAAGACUAUCAGUGUAACAGAAUACUUGAACUAUGAAGCAGGCAAGUUCUCGAAGAGUAAGGGCAUAGGAGUAUUCGGUAAUGAUGCAAAAGAUACAAACAUUCCUGUAGAAGUAUGGAGAUAUUACUUGCUGACAAACAGGCCAGAGGUGUCGGACACUUUGUUUAGCUGGGCAGAUUUACAAGCAAAGUUAAACAGCGAGUUGCUAAGCAACUUAGGCAAUUUCGUCAAUAGAGUCCUAAGUUUCAUUGCAAAAGAUCUGGUUUCAGGUUAUGGUUCCAUAAUUCCCAAUCCUGAAGGAGCUGAAUCACACCCUUUAACUAAGGCCUUGGGUGAAAAAGUUGGAAAUUAUGUGGAGCAAUAUAUAGAAGCUAUGGAGAAGGUUAAAUUGAAGCAAGGCUUGAAGAUUGCUAUGUCUAUUUCUGGAGAAGGAAACGGUUAUUUGCAAGUAAGCCUGUCAAAUACUUCCCAACU